AUGGCGGCUCAACCUCAACCUCAUAUAAAUCAUGAAGUUCAUCUUCAAAAUUCACUAUCAACAUUUGAUUCAAUAUUAACAAAUCAAACAAGUUCAAUUCAUCAUUUAGUAAAUCAAUAUAAACAUUCAAAUUUUUCACAAAAUCAAUUGAAAAAAUCUUUAAAUAUAUUAAAUUCUUCUUUAUUAAAAAAUGGGAAAAUUGUUAUUAGUGGAAUUGGUAAAUCUCAUAAAAUUGCCGCUAAAACUGUUGCCACUAUGAAUUCUUUAGGUUUACAUAGUGCUUUAUUACAUCCAACUGAAGCUUUACAUGGUGAUUUAGGUAUAUUAAGAGCUGAUCAUGGUGAUUGUUUAAUUUUAAUUUCUUCAUCAGGGAAAUCUCCAGAAUUAUUACAAUUAUUACCUCAUAUUUCAUUAAAUACUCCAAUAAUCUUGUUAACAAAUAAAAAAAAAUCCCUAUUAUCACAACAUCCACAAAUUAAAUCACUACUUUAUGCUGAACUACCCUCUCAAUUAACUGAAGAAAAAAUUUAUGGAUUAACUGCUCCAACUAUUUCAACAACUUUAUGUUUAACUUUAGCUGAUGCUGUUUCAAUUUCUUUAGCUGAAUUAUUUAUUGCUGAUUUAAAUGAACGUAAAAAAAUAUUUGGUGAAAGACAUCCAGGUGGUGCAAUUGGUGAAGCUUAUGGUGGUUCAUUCUCUUCUUCAAAUCAAUCUUCAGUUUUCAAUACUCCAAGUUAUAGUUCAAGUUCAUUAAGUUCAACAAGUGCUCAAUCUUCUUCAGGUUUUUCACCAGCUUUAAAUCCAACAACUUCAUUAACUUCAAUCGAUGAUGAUGAAGAAACUCUUAAUGAUUUACCACAAGUUAUAUUUGAUAUUGGUUAUGAAAAUGAAAUUCAAGAUGAAAUUUUAAUUGAACAAGUUAAAAAAUCAAAAAAUGUUGGGAAUUCAAUUGGGUUUUUCAAAAAUGAAGAUGAAAUUUUACAAAGUAUUGCACUUUAUGAUUAUGUUAUUAUGAGUCAAAGAUUUGUUAUUUCAAUUGAUCGUUUAAAAUCUAUUUAUAGAAUUGUUUAUGAACAUCAAUAUGAAGAUAAAGAAAAAACAUUUAAUGAAUUAAAUUGGAGAAUUAAAGAAAAUUUGGUUAGAUAUACUUAA